GGCACCCAACUGCUUAUGAUAUAUCCAUAAUCCCUGAGAAUGAUCUAAAACCCUAGAACCCUCGAAACACUUCACCGCAAAAUCCCAAUCUCUCGUCAGCCUGCAAAUCCCGACUGUUUCUUUAGCACUCGGUGAUAACCCAAUGAGACCUCGCUUCAAUUCGUUUCACCAUCAACCCCAGCAGAAUGGAUUUCAGUCAAGUUCGGGGGGAAACCAGGGCACUAGCAACAUGAACAUGCUUAUGAUGCAACCUCAAAUGGGUAUUUUUAAUAUUAAUAGUAAUCCCAGUGUUAUGCCAUUGUUGAAUAAUGUUGGAUUCAUGAAUGGAGCUAACCAGCAGUUUUAUACGCCAAGUAAUAAUUUGGGGUUUCCUCAUUUCGGUCCAAUUUUGCCGAACCCGAAUAAUCUUUCGAUUAUCCAACAACUUCCUGCUCAAUUCAGUAACCCUUUGCACAAUCCGAAUCAGCCGAAUUGGUUGAAUUUCCCCCAACAAAGUAAUAUUGGUUUGACAAAUGGGCAGCCGCCGCCGCCGCCGCCGCAGCAGCAACAGCAACAACAGCAGCUUUUUUUACAGAAUCAGUUGCAGAAUCUGAGUCGGCUUUUAAAUGUUCAACUCCCUCAUCUCUCACAGCUUGUUUCUGGUGGUCAAGCAAUGGGAUGUCUCAAUCCUACUGCUGUUCAGAAUCCGCAUUUCGGGUUUAUGCAGCCAAACCCGAUGCAGCAGCAAACUUUAUCCGAUGUUAAUGCAUCCAAUUUGUCUUCUGCAGCAGCUUCACAAGUACAAGGAGACCCUUCUUUGAGAAAGCCAAUGAGCGGUCCCGGUAAAAAUGGUCAGAACGUGAACAAAUUUUCCGGAAGAAAUGCUAAAAGGGAUGCAAAAUUGGGAUUUCAGAAGUCUAAGUUCCAGCAGCCUCGGUUCCAUCAAGCAGAUAAUGCAAAGAGAACAUUUGCAUCUUCUAAUGGACAUAAGAAAAAAGGACGGGAUAAUGAGAGGGCAUCUUACUUUCCUCAUCCUGAUUCUGCAAAUCCAGCUAAGGAAAAGAGAAGAUCGCUUGAUUUGACUUAUACGGAGCAAGAAAUAAGACAAUGGCGUGAAGAACGUAAGAAGUUCUAUCCGACAAAAGCUAACAUAAAGAAGAAACUGAGUAGAAAAGUAGCAAACACCGAGGUUGCCAAAUUACGUAGUGAGCAACUUAAGGAGAUUUUGGCAAAGCAAGCUGAGCUAGGAGUCGAAGUUGCAGAAAUUCCGACACAUUAUCUGUUAGGUUCGGAGAAAAAGGUGGUAAGGGAAGAAAACCACAGGCUGUCAACCAAGAGGGGAAGAUUUGGAACGAGGAAUGAUAAAAGAGGGAAACUGGAUAAGAGGGACCGUUUUUCCAAGAAAUGGCGACCAACAGAGGAGUCAUUUGAUGGCUCUUCCUUCAACAAGAGGAGUCCGACCCUUCUGCAGAAGCUUCUUAGUGCUGAUAUAAGGAAGGAUAAAAGCCGGUUGUUGCAGGUUUUCCGAUUCAUGGCUAUGAAUUCUUUCUUUAAGGAUUGGCCUGAGAAGCCGUUGAAAUUUCCCGUCGUGAUUGUUAAAGAUGGUGCGUCCGAGGGUGAGAUCAUUGAAGAGAAACCCUUGCUUGGUGGGGAAGAUAACAUUGAAAUAUGCAACAACAAAAUGACUCAAUGUAUCGUUGAUGCCACUGGUGAUGACGAUUUCGAGAACAACAACGACAAUGAAGAUGACGACAAAAACCAUGGCACAAAGGUUGCUUCGUACAUUCAGGAGAAGCGAGAGAAAAUUGCCAGGAAUGCCGAGGAAGAGGAAGAAAUCAUCGACUAGGUAAAUUUUCUCCCCCGCCUCAUCUAGAUGCUGCUCCCUUUAGUCAUGUUUGUGCAUAGCAUAUCAUAGCUCAGCUUAGCAUAUUUUGAGUAUAAUUUUGAGACGACUUUAAACAACAAGGGACUGGACAUUUUUGACAUACUCUUGAUGCUCAAUGUCUUUUUUGUAAUUUAGCUUUAACUAAAAUGUUAUUGUUUUUUCC